AUCUUCCUUUUUAACUGGCUCGUCGCCCGGUGCGGUUGCCGUCUCGUUAAGUUGAUAGAUUUAAAGUGUUCCUUGUAUUUUAAGGUUUUUAUUAACUGUUGCAUUUAAUUUAUUCCAAACGAUAAAAUGGGUAAAGAAAAGAUUCAUAUUAACAUUGUAGUCAUUGGACACGUAGAUUCUGGUAAAUCUACAACUACAGGCCACUUGAUCUACAAAUGUGGCGGUAUUGACAAACGUACCAUUGAGAAAUUCGAGAAGGAAGCCCAAGAGAUGGGAAAAGGUUCCUUCAAAUAUGCCUGGGUACUUGACAAACUUAAAGCAGAACGUGAACGUGGUAUCACCAUUGAUAUCGCUUUAUGGAAAUUUGAAACCGCCAAAUACUACGUAACCAUUAUUGAUGCUCCUGGACACAGAGAUUUCAUCAAGAACAUGAUCACUGGUACUUCUCAGGCUGAUUGUGCAGUACUCGUUGUUGCUGCUGGUACUGGAGAAUUUGAAGCUGGGAUAUCUAAAAAUGGACAAACACGUGAACAUGCUCUGCUCGCUUUCACACUGGGAGUAAAACAACUUAUUGUUGGUGUCAACAAAAUGGACUCUACCGAACCACCAUACAGUGAAGCUCGUUACGAGGAAAUUAAGAAAGAAGUAUCGUCUUACAUCAAGAAAAUUGGUUAUAAUCCAGCUGCCGUCGCUUUUGUUCCAAUAUCUGGUUGGCAUGGAGAUAAUAUGUUGGAGCCAUCUAAUAAUAUGCCAUGGUUCAAGGGAUGGAAUGUCGAACGUAAGGAGGGCAAGGCUGAUGGAAAAACUCUUAUUGAAGCUUUGGAUGCUAUUCUUCCACCAAGCCGUCCAACUGACAAACCACUUCGUCUUCCCCUGCAGGACGUCUACAAAAUUGGUGGUAUUGGAACAGUACCAGUAGGUCGUGUUGAAACUGGUGUUUUAAAACCGGGAAUGGUGGUAGUAUUUGCUCCCGCAAAUAUCACUACUGAAGUAAAGUCUGUUGAAAUGCACCACGAAGCUCUUCAAGAAGCCGUACCUGGAGACAACGUAGGAUUCAACGUGAAAAAUGUGUCUGUUAAGGAAUUGCGUAGAGGUUAUGUAGCUGGUGAUUCUAAAAAUAACCCACCUAAAGGAGCUGCCGAUUUCAUGGCUCAGGUCAUCGUUCUCAACCACCCCGGUCAAAUUUCAAAUGGUUACACUCCUGUACUCGAUUGUCACACAGCUCACAUUGCCUGCAAAUUUGCCGAAAUUAAGGAGAAAGUGGACCGUCGUUCAGGAAAGACCACAGAAGAGAAUCCCAAAGCUAUCAAAUCUGGCGAUGCUGCCAUUGUUAACCUGGUACCGACUAAACCUAUGUGUGUAGAAUCAUUCCAAGAAUUCCCACCAUUAGGACGUUUUGCUGUCCGUGACAUGAGGCAGACUGUUGCUGUAGGUGUCAUCAAAAGCGUUAACUUCAAAGAUGCCACUUCCGGAAAGGUGACAAAGGCUGCCGAAAAAGCUCAAAAGAAGAAAUAGUUUUUUUUUUAAUCUUAAGAUCAUUUGAUGUUUUCAACUUAAUAAAUAAACACAUGGUUUCCUAAUAAA